AUGCCGUUCGCCAAGCGGACCGUGGGUCCCCGGCGGCCGUGCCGUCUGGGGCCCGAGGAGGAGGAGGAGGAGGAAGGGGAGGACGGGGAGGAGAAGGCCUCCUCGUCCUCGUCCUCGUCGUCGUCGUCGUCGUCCUGCUCCUCGUCCGGGCGGCCCCCCGACCUGCGGCUGCGGACGAACGCGUUGCUGUGCGGGCUGCUGGGGCAGCUGUCGGCCGUGUCGGGCCAGGCCUGCAGCCUGUUCCAGGAGCUGGAGGGGGACCUCCGCCACGCCCACCGCAGGCUCCGGGACCUCCGAGCCAGGAUCGGGGGCGUCCAGCACGCUCUGGCCGCCCGAGACCCCAAGCAGGAGCCCGUGCCCGUCUCCAACCUGGACACAGAGAGCAAACUGAGUGUGUACUACCAAUCCCCGUGGCCCCUGCAGAGGAACAUCUUUCUCCCCGCAACAAGGCCACCGUGUGUAGAGCAGCUGCACCGCCACGCCAAGCAGAGCCUGAGAGCCCCGCCGGCAGAACAUCGCUGCAAGGAUCGCAGAGAACACCGAAUCACUGAGCCGCGGCCUGGGCGGGCCCCGCCACUGCCUUCUUCCCCUGCGAGUUACAAUCAGAGGCGACACGAGAGCCAAGAUCGGCCCUUUCCAACUUUUAACAGCACCCGCCCGCCUUCUCCCACUGAGUGUUGCCACAUGGCCCCGUGGAGUAGAAAGUCCCAUCCCCCAGAGAGCGAGGAUUCAGAUGUCAUGUUAGGGCAGAGGCCGAAAAAUCCAAUCCAUAACAUCCCUUCAACACUGGAUAAACAAACCAAUUGGAGCAAAGAACUACCUCUCCCGACUCCAGAGGAGAAAAUGAAACAAGAUGCCCAAGUGGUUUCUUCUUGCAUCAUCCCCAUCAACGUCACUGGAGUUGGGUUCGACAGAGAGGCUAGCAUCCGCUGUUCUCUCGUCCAUUCGCAAUCCGUGCUGCAGCGGAGGCGAAAAUUGAGGAGGAGGAAAACCAUCUCGGGCAUCCCCAGAAGAGUGCACCAAGAAAUAGAUUCUGACGAGUCCCCGGUGGCCAGGGAGCGGAACGUGAUAGUGCACGCAAAUCCCGACCUCUCCGGACCCGUCAACAGGCGGUCGGGGACCAGGGACUCUGAGUGUCAGACGGAGGAGAUCCUCAUCGCGGCCCCGUCCAGGCGGCGGAUCCGCGCUCAGAGGGGCCAGGGCGUCGUCGCCGCCCUCUCCCACUCCGCCGGCAACAUCUCGGUCCUGGCCGACACGGGCAACCGGGCCUUCGGCGCCCCGGCGACGGGCAGCCGCGCCCGGUCCCGGAGUCUCCCCCGCGAGGGCGCCCGGGACGGUGACGCGGACCGGGAGGCCGAGGCCGGAGCGCCGGACUUCCAGGAGGAGCCUCUCGCCGGCAGCCGGGAGAGGAGCCCAAAGGCGGAGCAGGAUGGGCUGGCCGGGCGAGGGUCCCCCGAGCCCCCGGCCCUGGGCCUGACCCACCCCCCGCGCCCACACAGCCCGGAGCACCGGCUGAGCGAGAGGGGCCGGGCCGGGUUAUCCCGCCUGGCGGACUCGGGGAGCUGUGAGAUUUCUUCCAACUCGGACACGUUCGGGAGCCCGAGCCACUCCAUCUCCACGGCCGGGGGCCUCCUCGGCGGCCCCAUGGACCAGAAGGACGACCACCAGUCCUCCAGCGGCAACUGGAGCGGGAGCAGUUCCACGUGCCCCUCCCAGACCUCGGAGACCCUCCCUCCUGCCGCCUCCCCGCCACUGACCGGCUCUUCGCACUGUGACUCCGAGCUGUCGCUCAACGCGGCCCCUCACGCCAUCGAAGACCCCAGCAUCUUCCUGGCGGAGCCGUUCGGCGACCACCUGGAGAAGGCCCGGGGCCACCGGGCCGGCUCGUUCGCCUCCGCCGCGGCGGACCUGCUGGACGACCGCGGCGCCGGCCCCGCCGGCGACGGCGAGUGGGGCUACCUACGCCACCACCACGACGCCUCCUGUCGCCCGGAUUUCGGCCCCGAGCGGCCCAAAGCGGACAGCUCGGGUUGCCCCAGUUUCACCAGCGCGGCCACCUACGAGAGCUUUCUGGAAAAAUCGCCGUCGGACAGAGCCGAUACUGGCUCUCACUUUUCCGUGGACACCGAAGGGUACUAUACCUCCAUGCACUUUGACUGCGGCCUCCGAGGGAACAGUAACUCCGGGUGCCACCUCUAUGCAGCCACUAGCCCGGAGAGCAGCCCGGCCGCCGGGGUCCCUCUCGCCCUCCCGCCUUGCGCCUGGCCGGAUUUCGCCGACUACAGGGGGCCGGGGAGGGCGAGCUUCUGUUUCAAGAAACCAAAGGCCAAGCCAGCCCCACCAAAACGCAGCUCGUCUUUGAGGAAGUCUGACGGGAGCCCAGACGACCCCGAGAAGAAAGAACCAAAGAUCGGCGGCGGGCCGCAGCCGCCUCCCGCCGCCAGGGAGAUGAAGCUGCCUCUCGGCUUCUCCAACGCGCCUUCCAGGACCGAGAGCUCUGGGCCGCCCGGCCCGCGGGCCAAGGUGUCCCCGUUCGACGGUCCGGACGGGCCGCCGUUAGCGUUCAAAGGUGAAAGCGCCGAACCGCCUCACUAUGCAGACCUCUGGCUUCUGAAUGACUUGAAAACGAAUGACCCCUACAGGUCCCUCUCCAAUUCCAGCACCGCCACAGGUACCACGGUGAUAGAGUGCGUCAAAUCCCCGGAGAGCUCGGAGUCGCAGACCUCCCAAUCCGGCUCCAGGGCCACCUCCCCCUCCCUCCCGUCGGUGGACAACGAGUUCCGGCUGGCUUCCCCGGAGAAGCUGGCCGGCUUGGCCUCCCCAUCCAGCGGCUAUUCCAGCCAGUCCGAAACGCCGACGUCCUCAUUUCCCACGGCUUUCUUUUCCGGGCCCCUGUCCCCGGGGGGGAGUAAGCGGAAGCCGAAAGUGCCGGAGAGGAAGUCGUCGCUCCAGCAGCCCCCUGCUAAGGAAGGCAUCGUGCCCUGCGGCAAAGACCUGGAACUUCCGAUUAUACCUCCUACCCACCUUGACCUAAGUGCUCUUCACUGUGUCUUGAAUAAACCAUUCCACCCCAGACACGCGCUGCAGGCUUUGAGUCACAAUAAACAGAGCACAAUGGGGGAGACGUUCGGCCCCGGCCUCCCCCCGCCCCUCGCAAUCACCCCCACGGUCCUGAGGUCCGUUAACCUCCGAUCAGUUGGGAAGCCCGAAGACCCAAACCCGAAAGAUGCUCAUCCCACGGACCCGCCCUCCCUACAGGAAACCACCCUGGCGGUGGCCGCCUUCUCGCCAGAUGGAACGAGGCCGCCCGUUUCCAAGAAAUCGAUUUCCCGUCAGUACUCUGCGGAAGAUGCCGUCCUCUCCUUCGUCGACUCUUGUCCGGUGGAGUUGGGCCCCGAGACGUCACCGUUCAAAAGCCAUCCCUUUGUCCACGGAAAGCGUCUGUGUGAGCAGGAGAUGGUCACCUCGGGGAGGGAGGGUGUUUUUGAGACCACGAAAGAUGACGCGCCUCCGUUCAGGGAGCCGGUUCCGGGUCCCGGGCUGGAGCGAGACUGCGAUCCUUCCCCCGAGGGGGUCCAGCGGGGCUCUGCCACCUGCCUGGGUGACGCUAACGGUCCGGUGAAGUAUGCCCGGGUAGCGCAAGGUGGAAGUCUGGAGCGAGAGGAAGGCUGGAAAACAUUCCCUGUGGACUGGGAGCCGGGCAGGGAGCCCGCUCCUGGGAUCGGCUUCUCCUCCGUGUCCAGCCCUCAUCCUGGAGAAGAAGGAGGGGGCGGCCAGCGUCAGCAUCAGCUCGGGAGGAGCCCCCCAUGGGACCGACUACCUGGGACCAUCUCAGGCCUCGAACCAGAGAUGGCCACUGGAAGUUCACUCGGCGAACAGCAUGCCCAACUGGAAAACGGUAUUGUUUCAGGCGUUCCAGCCCAAAGUGCCUCCGAGGACAACCUGGAAGAGGAGUCACGGGAAAGCACAGAGGAGGCUUCGUUGAAAGAAUCUUCGCCAAGUGACGACUCUGUCAUUUCACCGUUUAGCGAAGACUCCCAAGCCGAAGCGGAAGACGUUGUUGCGUCUCCAAACAAACCUCGAACCACUGAGGAUUUAUUUGCGGUCAUUCACAGAUCGAAAAGGAAAGUGCUCGGGAGAAAAGAUUCCGGAGACGGCCCGGUCCGGAAUAAAUCGAGAGGGCCUCCCGGCAGCGGCGCCUCCCCCACAUCCUCCGGCGGCGCCCCCCCCGCCGCUGUCGGCAGCCAGAGAUCCCCGGGCCUCAUCUACAGAAACGCCAAAAAAUCCAACACGUCCAACGAGGAGUUCAAACUCCUGCUUCUCAAGAAGGGGAGCCGCUCGGACUCGAGCUACCGCAUGUCGGCCGCCGAGAUCCUGAAGAGCCCCAUUUCGCCCAAGCCCCCCGGGGAGGUGGGGGCCGACCCCCCGCCGGCGGGCGACGACCCCUCCCAGGGGUCGCCCGUCACGGACGCGGCCUCUCCCUUCCCCCCGUGCUCCCCGAGGGUCAACGCGGAGGGAUUCGCCUCCAAGGCCUUCGCCGGGUCGGCCUCGUCGAGGGUCGGCCGUUCCAGGGCACCCCCCGCAGCCAGCAGCAGCCGAUACGGCGUCCGCUGCAGGCUGUACAGCACCCCCAUGCAGGCCAUCUCGGAGGGAGAGACCGAGAACUCCGACGGCAGCCCCCACGACGACAGGUCCUCCAAGAGCCCGACAUAGGCCGCGGACCUGCCCGGGGGUCGUCGAGAGCAGCGUCUCCUAAACCGUAGAAGCCCCCGCUCUCCCCCACGCUCUUUAGCUUCGUGUCGGGUUGUCCCCGCUUCGUCCCCGCCGGUGGCGACUUCACAGGUGUCCGUCUAGUUUUCCGAGGAGACCCCCUUCAGAGCUCCGCUGGAGGCGGGAAAGACGCUCUCUCGCCGCUAGCGCUUCCCUCGGCUGAAGUGAAACGACUCUUAAGGAUCGGUAUUUUUCUACGCUAAAAUGAACUGAAACUAAAUUUAGAACAAAUGGAGUAAAAACACAUGUAAAUACCAUAUUUUUGAUACCAGUUUGUAAAUAGAAAUGGGAGAGAAAAGCAGACGCCUGGCCAAUUAUCGAGUGCGUACAAACUGUUUAUAGGAGACACAAUAAAGGGUAAUCUGUAUUCUGUGAAUACCAUUUUCAUAACAGACCGCAAACUUAAGUAGACAUCCACCGACACUGCUUUCAGAAGAAUAAUUGAGGCUCAAAUCUGAAUUUCAAACUGUGGAAAGAAGGAAAAACCGAACAUCGCUGCUUGAAACGCAGAGGUGAAUCUAAAUCUUUUCAAUCUUUACCUGAUAUUUUUCUGGCAAACUUCAACACCAAAUAUACCAGUAGCCAGCGUAGCUGUGAUUUGCCCUGCGGGAACUGUCCAGGAUCCAUCAAGCGGGCCAUCGAUAGUAUUUAUUGAGCGCCCACGGCGUGCAGAGCACUGAACUAAGCGCUUGGGAGAAUCCACUACAGUUAGUGUAGACGCGGUCUCUGCCCUCAGAGUUUAUAAUCUAGCGGGGGAGACAGACCUUAAAUAAAGUAUAGAUGAAGAGCACAGACUGAAUUGCAGCAUGACUUCAAUAUUUUUGUUUAAUGAAGAAAAAAAGACUAUCAUUCUCUACACAAAGCCCUAAGAAGCAGCAUCUGACAAUAUCCUUUACCCCUUAUUUACCGUGGAUUGCUUUAAAAGAGAAUGGAUAGGAGAAUUAGUUACUUUUGGGGGGUCCUAUCUUAUAUUAGGCUACUGGAGUAUGCACAGUCCUAAUCGAAUGACUUUAAACUCUUGGAACCCGUUAGAAGAUUAGUUCCAGUCCUUAAACUAACAGAAUAAAUAAAUCGUAAGCAUGCAGUGGGGGCCGUGGAUCCAACAGUAAAUAUCUGCGAUGAGUUUUCAGUGAAGCUUUCUCUCUGUGCUGAUGAAAUUCAUGCUACCUAAAUAUUAUUAGCAGAAAUGACACUGUGAAAACUGUAGCUGGGGAAGUAGGUAUGUAUAUGCAUAUUAUUUAUAGUCUUCGUUAAGCUGGGGAUGGGCACACUGGUUCACCAAUGCUUUUGACUGGUUUUCUUACUAGAACUGCUUGGCGCGGGGGCAGGGAGGGGCAAGGAGAGGGGAAAGGAAGCGGGUCAGAGUCGCUGCUCCGAUAAAUACGAAGGCAGGGAAACAAACGCUGAAUUACUUGAAAUCACUUGAAUUUUCUCAUCUUAAAACCGAAAGGAAACGCCGUUAUGCGUUCAGAUCUGCCAACGGCGUCACGCCGCUCAUUCAUUCGAUCGUACUUAUUGAGCGCUUACUGUGUGCAGGGCGCUGUACUAAGCGCUCGUGUGAAUGCAGAGGCCAGAUGUGAGAUAGUUGGUCCCAAUGCAAGCGGCGAUGAUUACUAAAAAUCUGCUUUGGAACGCGAGAAGGUUCGGUGCCGAGGAUGGAUUGUGGAGGAGGAGGAGGCCUGCGGUGAGGCGUGAUCGGAUUAGGGGAGAGAAGGAACGUACUUCAGGCGUCAAGGAGCCAAAAAAGGAGCUUGUUUCAAGUAUAAAUAGAUGGUAGUAGGGCAAGUGGGAGGUGUGAAAGGGGUUUUUAUUGCUUUGGGGUUUUUUCAAGCAACGCGUAAGGCAGAGAACUUUGGAACGGAAGGCGAGUAACGAUUUUGCGAGGAAUGGGCUUUUCACAUUUUUAAUGGGAUGGACAGAAGCAAUUCAGGGAGAAAAUCGGAAUGUCGUCUUGGAAGGAAAGAAAAAAAUUCACUCGAUCUACUGUUCACUAUCAAAAUGUGAUGGAGAGUUGCUCGCUCUCCUUGCAUGUAGGAUGAACGGGCAAAGAAUAGUCAGGUUGAGAGUGUGGGUUUGGGGGAAGGGGAAUGAACUGGCAUAGUGGCGUGAAAAUCUCUUUUUGGAAAAGCCUUUAUCAGAAGAGAAACUGGACUGGAGAACGUGCCAGUUAAGAAAACUGACACCACAUUGAGGAAAUAAAUCAUUUAGCUGGAUGUUUGGAAAAGCACACAGGUGGCCCAGAUGAAACUGAGGUUUUGGGACAAAUUCGAUAGGUUGACGUGAUCAGCCAUCGCAGUCAUCCAAGGGCCCUUUUUUAUACUGUUUCUAACAGUGGUAAAUUCACAGCAUGGUGGUUUUGCUUUAAGAAGCGUGUAACGCGUGCUCUAAAAUUAUUCUAAAUCAUAAAGAGAAAACACGUGACUCGACUUGAAUGAAAUGGCACCUUUUUAUUACCAACAUAAAUUUAAUUUGAUAAAAGCUCCAUAUAUAUUUUAAGACAACCACAUUGACCCGAAAUGUGAGGCAAUGAAAUCCUUCUAAAUGUAAUGAUCACAGAACUUACACUUAGAACAUAGUUUUACUUAUUUUGUUUAAAGUAAAAGUCUAUGACAAAGGUUCUCUAUUUUCUAUUUAGUAGAUUUAAAGGGGAAAAAAAAACCCAAAUAGAGAUGGAUUGUAAAUCCACUAUGGAAAAGAAUGUUCAGAAUUUAAAUAUGUUGCUGGGCGGUGGGGCGGGGGGAGGAGAGGGGGAUUAAAAAAGUAAGAUAUCUUUAAUGAUCUAAAGUCUACGUGGUUUUAAAGCACUCGAGAUUGAGAUUUAGGACUAAGGUUAUCAAUACUACUAAUGUUGAGGCAGGGUACAUACAUUAGGGAAUCUGAGAUGCAUCAUUUCCAGCUUUCGUUCUGUUUGCACUGACGUUUUGAAAAUGAUUUUUGAAAUUUAUGCAACUCUUUCUAGGUUCUGCGCUGGGGAAGAAAAAUACACACACACACACACACACACCUUACUUUUGAUUCUGCAUUGUGAUUUUUCUUUUUUUUUUGGCUGAGGAUGGGACACGGAAUAGUUAUAGCAAAUAAAGCAUACCUUAUGUUUGCUUUUGCCAAAGGUCAGUUGAUGGGGUGUAUUUGCUGCAAUAGUGGCAGAUUUAGAGAAGUAGGUUACGACUCAAAGAUUAAAAAAAUUAAGAAGGUUACAGUGUAACUAUUUCGGUACUCAAACCAGUUCAUGCUGGCAGAAAAGACAAUGGUUUAUGGACUUGCAUCCAUUUUGUAUUUUUGUAAUAUUUGUAAAUAUGAACUUUUUAAAUUGUUGCAGAGAUGGUUUCUUUUGUAAAAUGUUUUCAAAGUUUACAUUCAAUCCAAGCCUUUGUAUAUUUUAGAGCUGUGCAACACUUUAAGUCUUGUAUUUAUUUUUAGUAAAAACGGUGACAGUUUCAUUGUGAACCCCUCUCAAAAACGUGUCAGAAAAGUUUGAUUACCUAGAAAGUGUGUAUAGAAACUGCAAAUAAACGUGACUGCAAUUAAAUAAA